AUGAGUUGUGCCUCUGGAUUGUCAACCGUCGAAGUGAUGAGAGUUGCAAGGGAACGGUUCAUACAGUUCUCUUCCCGGAGACACGCAGAUGACUGCAUGGCUGACCAUGUUCUAGGCAGCACUGCCUUCGGCCUCUCAGACCAAGAAACAAAAGAUGUUGGGCUUGCGCAUCUUCUUUUAGCUUGUGCUGAGAAGGUUGCAAAGAAACAAUACGGCUGCGCAAAAAAGCUGCAGAAUCUAUGUGAUUUCCUGUCUUCCAGUAGUGGAAAUUCUGUUCAAAGAGUUGUUUACUAUUUUUCCAAAGCUCUCCAACAGAAGACCGACAGAGAAACUGGCAGAAACACAUCACAGGGAUCGGAAAGUAGAGAUGUUGCCGCUAUGCAUGUUGAGGAAGCAAUGGCGGCUUUGAGUCCUGCUUUAAUGGCAUGUUUCCUUGAAGUUCCCUUCUUUCAAGUUACCGAGUUUGCGGGCAUCCAAGCGAUAGUGGAAAAUGUGGCAUCAUCCAAAAAGAUUCAUUUCGUUGACCUUGCCAUCAGAACCGGGGGGCACUGCAUCGUGUUGAUGCAAGCGCUCGCAACAAGAUAUGAAUGCCCAAUUGAGAUGCUAAAAGUUACUGCUGUUGGAGUAAAAUCAAGGAAUAAAAUUGAGGACACCGGCAGAAGGCUGGCUCAAUUUGCUGAGGCAUUGAAGUUACCUUUUACCUUCAAGAUAGCCAUGGUAAAAGAUAUCAAAGAUAUCAAAGAAGGUAUCUUUGAGUUAGAUACUGGUGAAGCAGUUGCAGUUUACUGUCCUCUACUGCUAUCCAGUACAAUGAACUAA